AUGUUGUCUCUUCUUCCUAUUUUGAGUCAUUAUUCCAAAAAGAAUGGGUUUUCUUUCGAUGCUACUUUGCAUACGAAUGAAUCGGUUUCACUAAAUGGAACAAAAUUGGACAAUCUAUGUUCUUCCAAUUUUUUGCGUUAUUACGGGAGGCUCAUUAGCUCUGGGAUCUUGUACAGCACCGAUCCUUUGGAGUGUGCGGAAAUUGACUCUUGGCUUCAAGUGGCAGACGAAGUGUUGGAACAAAAAGUGCCGUUUGUGUUGCUCAAUGACAAAAUUUCUACCUUAACGUACUUGGUUGGCCAUCGUCUAACUGUUGCAGACCUUGGACUCUGGAAUGCUCUGCAUUGGAGCAAAGCAGAUACUGAGAAGCUGGCGCAUCUGAAAAGGUGGCAAAAAUUUAUCUCGUCUGAACUGGGCGAACUUCCUAACGACUUGCCUCAAAGCAAAGAGUGUGCAAGUAGUCCUAAAAAGAAGGCAAAACAGGACGAUGUCGGCAAAUUCGUGGAGCUUCCAGGUGCAGAAAUUGGCAAAGUCGUUGUGCGGUUUCCGCCUGAAGCUAGCGGCUACCUACAUAUCGGCCACGCUAAGGCAGCUCUUGUAAAUCAGUAUUACCAGCAAACAUUCAAAGGUAAAUUGAUUCUGAGGUUUGAUGAUACGAACCCGGCGAAGGAGAAUGAGCACUUUGAGAAUGUUAUUCGAAAGGACUUGGAGAUGCUUGAAGUAAAGCCAGAUUGCGAAACGAGAACCUCUGACUACUUUGACCUCAUGCUUCAGUACUGUGAAAAAAUGAUCAAAGAAGGCAACGCGUAUGCCGAUGAUACGGAUGCGGAAACCAUGAAGAAAGAGCGGGAGACAAGAACUGAAAGCCAUAACCGGAAGAACAGCGUUGAGAAGAAUUUAAGCAUGUGGAUGGAGAUGAUCAAGGGGACAGAUUACGGACAGCAGUGUUGUAUUCGUGCUAAAGUUGAUAUGAAUUCUAACAAUGGUUGCAUGCGUGAUCCGACGUUGUACCGGUGCAAAAACGAAACUCAUGUCGCGACUGGUGAUAAAUACAAAGCAUAUCCGACGUACGAUUUUGCCUGUCCAAUUGUUGACAGCAUCGAAGGCGUUACUCAUGCAUUGAGGACUACGGAGUAUCAUGAUCGGGACGAGCAGUACUAUUGGUUGAUUGAAAAGCUUCAAAUCAGGAAACCGUAUAUUUGGGAGUACGCUCGGAUGAACCUUCAGAACACAGUUCUGUCUAAGCGUAAGCUAACUUGGCUUGUGAGUCAAGGUGUUGUCGAUUCUUGGGAGGAUCCUAGAUUCCCGACGGUGCGAGGAAUCCUGAGACACGGAAUGACAGUACAGGGACUAAAGGAUUUCAUCGCUGCUCAAGGUGGAUCUAAAUCUAUUGUGCAAAUGGAAUGGGACAAAAUCUGGGCGUUCAACAAGAAAAUCAUCGAUCCAAUUGCGCCUCGAUACACGGCUUUAAGUGAAGAUAGUUUAGUACCCGUUACCCUGGAGGGUGUUAACGGUGAAGAGGUUAAAGAUCAUCAGUUGCACCCUAAAAACAAGGAGAUUGGAAUGAAACAGGUUGCGUACAGUAAAGUGAUUCUAAUUGAGCAACAGGACGCGGUUCUGUUGAAGGAGGGCGAAAGUGUUACACUCAUUAAUUGGGGAAACUGUGUGAUCAAAAAGAUAAUUUGGUCUGCUGAUGGCAAACAAGUGACAGGCAUCGAGAGUAAAUUGAAUUUAGAGGAUACAAAUUUCAAAGCAACAAAGCACAAAUUGACAUGGCUUCCACAAACUCACUCAAAAGCAACAAGUGUUCCCAUAAUUGCUAGGACAUAUUCUCAUUUGAUUUCUAAGCCGGUAUUGGGAAAAGACGAAGACAUGAAAGACUAUAUUAAUUGGGAUUCUUUGAAAGAAGAAGUUUUGGUCGGGGAUCACAAUAUGGUCAAUGUGAAGGUGAAAGACAUAAUUCAGAUCCAGCGAAAAGGCUUCUUUAUAUGUGACAGAGCGUACGAACCUUUCAAUCCAGUCAUUGGCAAAGAUCUACCAGCUAUUUUCAUCUACAUACCGGAUGGUCACAAAUCGCAAGAAGAACAAGAGAAACAAGUGGCUCAAGUUGCUUCAAAAAAUAGCAAGCAAAGCAGCGCUAAAGAAGGAAAUAAACAAAAACAGAGUAGCAAAACAACAGAUGCCGGAGAUGCAAAAUCAGACAAAAGUUGUGAUUUAGAUCAAAUUAAGAAAUUGGUUGAGGGUAUAAAUUCGCAGGGUGAUGAAGUGCGAAAGUUGAAAACCGAAAAAAAGCCCAAUGAAGAAGUAAAACCUGCGGUUGAUAAGUUACUAGCUCUUAAAGCCGAAUUUAAGACAGCAACUGGGUCGGACUACUCGCCUCAAGUAGCCGAAAAGUUUCUUGCGUCGAAACCAGAGGCCGAUAAACAGUCUGUUUCAGGUGAAAUGACUGAUGCAAGUGAGUUGGAUCAAAAAAUCGCAUCCCAGGGUGACAAAAUUCGAAUUUUGAAGACCAAUAAAGCGUCUAAAGAAGAAAUAGAUGUCGAAGUGAAAUCUCUGUUAGAAUUGAAGACAGAGUACAAGAAAGUCACGGGCAAUGAUUGGAAACCUAAAGGUGCUUCAAACGCGGAUAGUGGAAAGAAAUCAGAACCUCCUUCGAAAGAUAGCGACAAAGAGAAUUCCAAGGGCGCCAAAAAGAAAGACAAGGUUUCAAAGGGACAAGAUAAGAAGCAGCAAGGAGUAAAUGAAGGCGAAGGCUAUAUAUCGAAAAAGAAGGAAACUAAACUUGGAUUGGGAAUCACUAUGGAAGACAACUACUCGGAGUGGUACACGCAAGUUAUAACAAAAGCCGAAAUGAUUGAAUAUUAUGACGUAUCUGGAUGUUACGUUUUGAGACCUCUGGCAUACGCUAUUUGGGAAAAGAUUCAAAAAUUCUUCGAUGCCGAGAUCAAAAAGCUGGAUGUGGAAAACGUCUAUUUUCCAAUGUUUGUGUCGAAAAGUGCUCUGGAACGAGAGAAAGACCACAUUGCUGAUUUUGCUCCUGAAGUAGCGUGGGUGACGAGGUCGGGCAAAAGUGAGUUGGCAGAACCGAUUGCUAUCCGACCCACAAGCGAAACCGUCAUGUACCCAUCGUAUGCAAAAUGGAUCCAAAGUCACAGGGAUCUGCCUCUGAAGUUGAACCAAUGGAACAGUGUCGUGAGGUGGGAGUUCAAACAUCCUACUCCGUUUCUGAGAACUAGAGAGUUCUUGUGGCAAGAAGGACACACUGCUUUCGCUACCCCUGAAGAAGCGAUCGAAGAAGUUCACACUAUUUUGCACUUGUACUCCAGAGUCUUCGAGGAGCUCCUGGCCAUUCCAGUCAUCAAAGGAAGGAAAACUGAGAAGGAAAAGUUCCCUGGAGCAGACUUCACAACUACUUGUGAGGCCUUCAUUUCACAAUGUGGUCGAGGUAUUCAGGGUGCAACCAGUCAUCACCUGGGACAAAACUUCUCUAAAAUGUUCAACAUUAUGUACGAGGAUCCGAACAACGCAGGUGAGCAAAUAUGCGUGUUCCAGAAUUGUUGGGGUCUUUCUACUCGUACCAUUGGAACUAUGGUCAUGGUCCAUAGCGAUAAUCGUGGACUGGUCAUACCGCCAAGAGUGGCCCAUUUCAAAUUGGUUAUUGUCCCUUGUGGUGUGAGCGAUCAGGCAAAUGAGAAAGAGCUUAACGACCAUUGCACCAAGUUGUGCGAGGAAUUGAACGAACAUGGCCUGAAGAGCAAAACUGACUUGAGACCGAACUACAGUCCGGGGUGGAAGUUCAAUCACUGGGAACUGAAGGGAAUCCCAGUCAGAAUCGAAAUUGGACCUAAAGAUCUACAGAAGGGUCAGGUGACACUUGUGAGAAGGGAUACUGGUGAGAGGUCAUUUGUGAAGCGCGAAGAGGUCAUACCAGUGAUUGAGACCCUAAUGGAAACAAUUCAGGAGAAUUUGUUCGAAAAGGCAAAGGUCAAUCUAAACACCCACUUGAAGGUUACAAAAACGAUGGAUGAUUUUUGCACCUUGUUGGAUCAGAAAAAUAUUCUGCUGGCACCGUUUUGCGGCGAUAAAAGUUGCGAGGGUGAAAUUAAAGAGGAAAGCGCCAAAGGACGAGACAUUGACGCCAAUGCACCUUCAAUGGGCGCAAAGAGUCUUUGUAUUCCAUUUGAACAACCCAAGGGAGAGGACGUGUCUAAAUGCAAGUGCAUUAAUGGGAAAUGCAACAAUGCGCCGAAAAUGUUCACAUUGUUCGGACGAAGCUACUAAUAUUUGCCAUAUGUGAUUGAAGUUGAGGUGAAUAAAUUUGUAAAUUGUUUAAAAAGUGACUCUAUGGGUGCACUAUUUGUUGAGGUUUUGGAUAAAUAUGAACUUGAUUGUGGAUUAUUUAACUUUUAAUUAAAAUUACUAACCGUA